UGGUGAGCGGUGGUGCGCUUGCCUGACUCGGCUGACUCGUCGAAUCUGCUCGCGAAGGACGUCUCCGAUCAUCACGUUCUCACUGGCUGAACUGCACACCGCCGUGACGAAAUAAUAAUGCUGCCGACCGCAAGAAUUGGUGCGUCCGGCCUGUCCAGGUCAUCUGGUGCUGCGAUCCAGCGCGCUGCAUCAUGGUGGUCGCAAGUCGAGAUGGGACCUCCGGACGCCAUCCUUGGUGUCACAGAGGCCUUCAAGAAAGACACAAAUCCCAAGAAAAUUAACUUGGGCGUCGGUGCUUACCGUGAUGACAAUGGCAAACCGUUUGUCUUGCCCAGCGUUAUCAAGGCUGAGGAGCAGAUGAGGGCAAGGAAAUUGGACCACGAGUAUGGUGCGAUCGGUGGUACUGCCGAAUUCUGCAAGCACUCCAUUACCUUGGCCCUCGGAGACGACAGCGAGCAUGUUGCCAACGGAUUUAACGCAAGUGUUCAAGGAAUUUCUGGAACCGGCUCUCUGCGCAUUGGAGGCGCCUUUUUGCAAAAGUUUUUCCCCGGAAACAAAGUUAUUUACCUUCCAACUCCCUCCUGGGGAAACCAUACACCCAUCUUCAAGCAUUCUGGUCUUGAGGUCAAACAAUACAGGUAUUACGACCCUAAAACAUGCGGGUUUGACUUUCAAGGCGCCCUCCAGGAUAUUGCUAAAAUCCCUGACAAGUCGAUCAUCUUGCUGCAUGCCUGUGCUCACAACCCCACUGGUGUUGACCCUCGUAUCGAACAAUGGGCAGAAAUGUCCAAGGUGAUCAAGGAGAAGCAGCUCUUCCCCUUCUUUGACAUGGCCUAUCAAGGUUUUGCCUCAGGUGACGUUGCCAAAGAUGCUGCUGCUGUUCGCCUUUUCCUCAAGGACGGACAUCAAAUUGCGCUUGCCCAGUCCUUUGCCAAGAACAUGGGUCUGUACGGAGAGAGGGCUGGAGCUUUCUCUUUGGUUACCGAUAGCAAAGAUGAUGCUGCACGCACUCUGUCGCAAAUCAAAAUCAUUAUCAGGCCAAUGUACUCAAACCCUCCCAUUCACGGAGCCAGAAUUGUGACUGAAAUUCUUGGAGAUGCCAACUUGAAAUCCAUUUGGUUGAAUGACGUCAAAGGUAUGGCCGAGCGCAUCAUCUCUAUGCGCACUAAGCUGAGGGACAACUUGGCUAAGGAAGGCUCAAGCCGCAACUGGCAACACAUAACCGAGCAGAUUGGCAUGUUCUGCUUCACUGGCAUGAAUCCCUCCCAGGUUGAGCAACUCACAUCUAAGUACAGCGUGUACCUGACCAAGGACGGACGCAUUUCUAUUGCUGGGGUCACGUCCCAGAAUGUCGAGUACCUUGCCCACGCCAUGCACCAGGUCACCAAGUAAACGCAGCGGUAACAAACGUCACAAAAUUUUAAGUCGUACACAAGUCUGGGAGAUUUUUAAAAGCAUUCACAUCUAAUGUGAGCAGUUUUUUCCCAAUUCCACUUUUGAGAAAUUGCAAAUGCAAAAUUUAUAGAAUAUUUUUCCAAAUUUUAAGUUUCAAAACUAGAGCAUAGACCUGCAAGUGCGAGGAUAAGUGUCGUCACUCAAAUAAAUCAAGCUUCAUUUCAAUUCA